AUGUUGAAGAGUCCUGGCGCCUCCACAGACGCCGAAAGAAAUGAGCCUCGUGUAUUUGUCAUCCACGCAGGAGAAGAUAAAGACUCGUUUGUCCGCCCGUUGGUCAGCAAACUGCAGGAAAAGGGGCUGGAUGGAAAUGACAUCUUUUUCGAUGACGUUUCCAUCAAACCUGGUGACGUCAUCAGGGAGAGAAUAAUUUCGACCUUAUCGAGUGAAAGUUUAGAGAUUGCUGUCGUUGUCGUCAGCACAUCAUUCCUUAAGAAACCCUACUGGCCUAAACUAGAGUAUGAAACGUGUCUGCAAAAUAACAAACACAUAUUCCCCAUUUGGGUCGAUGCCAACGAAGACAACUUUACAGUAUUCAGUGAGUCUGUCGGAAAGUACUCCCCUACUUUGAAACAGAUGAGUGGAAGGCGUGUACAGAGAGAUGAUGUUCCUAAUGCGCUGCCGACCAUCGCUGCUGAGAUCAUACAACGGCUCUCUACGUUGAGAUAUGGGCAGCCUGCAGCAAUCCAAACGCAUCUUCAUUUUGUGCCUUCUCCGUCCGAGAGUGAUUCCAGUGACUUAGAAGAAGACACCAGUAUUGGAAGUGGUGCAGGAAUAACUAAUGAACAGUCCACAGAGGACAUUCUCAAAGCAAAGCAUGCGCAGCUACAACUAAUUGAAAAAGUCGGAGAAAUACAGCUACAAAUGUUGAAGAGGGCAGAGGGCCUGCUUUCGAAGGAAACUAUUACGCAAAUGACAAAGGACACACUAGGUGAUCUUUAUCAGCAAAGUUUGCGCAUUAUUGGGGUCAAGACGGGCAGCGUCAUUAUUCACGUAAUCCCACGUGAUCUGUCAACCUUGGACAGGUUUUGGAGAGACUAUAAGUCAGGGCAGCUCAGUAAACACUUCACCGACCGUCUUGUCACUGCUGAGAUGCGAGCAGCCGCUGGCAUGGACCUGGCGGUGCGGGUUGUCAUGCUGGACCAGCAGUACCGGCAGUGGACAGAGUAUUUCAACACACGAGACAUGACGCAGAUGGUCCAGAAGCUUCCGAGUUUAACAAUGGCACCUGCAACUUUACCUGUACGUAAGCGGCCUUCUGUGAGCCCUAACAUCUCGGGGAGUAAGAAGGCAACAAAGAUGACAUAUGAGGGACCCGCAGAAGUGUACAAGGACGUUUCUUCUCCAAAAGUACGCGAAGUAAAGAAAAAGAGAGCUAUGACUCAGAGGGACCAAGUGGAGAGGGAACAAAUAAAGUUACAAAAGGUGGAGAAACGGAGACAGUUUCUAAAACAGGCGGAACGGGAGAAACAAACGCAAGCAGAGCGCCUCAAGAAAAUACAGCAGGAAUCGCUGAGGGAGAGGGAGAAGCUACUGAAGUAUCGCUUGGGUGACAAGCAUGGUCCACGCUUCUUUACUUCCAUUGACAUACAAGACAUGCAAGAAAGUGCCCAUGGCGUACGGAUUGGCGUGUUCGGGCCGUCCGGGUCUGGAAAGAGCUGUCUCAUCAACACAUGUGAACGUGCUCUGGGGUUUACCACUGAGGGAACUCCUCGAACCGACACCAACCAACCAGAAGGCACAAUUCGCGUCCAAGAAUACCUUGGCGACAUCGGUAAGUUCUGCUUGGUCGACACUCGUGGCUUCUUCAACUACAACGAGAUGAAGCUCAUGAUCCCGGCAUUGGCUAACAUCCUGUAUACACGAAUCAAACCAGGCGAGAACAUCGCUCUGAAAGGUAUGACUGAGGCGGAUAAGGACGACAGGGACACCUUCCCCAACUGGCUCCAUGCUGUUGUCUUCGUUCUGUCAGCUCAAGACCCACUGCUGCUCAACGGGACACACGCGACCAGCCUGCACACUAUUCGAGAGUAUAUGAGACAAAGAGGCAUUGCCACAGUGACUGUUGUGACGCACGUUGACCAGGUCAAAGACCAGAGUCAGCUGGAACAGAUCAAGACGAAGGCGUCCGCUGCAACAGGAAGCUCUCCAAGCCACGUCUUCUUUAUUGAGAACUACCACCCAGAGCACAACGAGCGGGACUUCAACACCGAGCUACGGGCGAUGGAGAUACUCAACUUUGCACUCGUGGUGGGGGAGAGAUACGUCAAGAUUCACAAGCAGCAACAACAGUACCAAGAAGAGGCAAGGCAAGCAGCUGCCGCUGACUGA